UCAUGCAAAACUGCAGCUUCUGACUUUGUUCUCAAUGCUUUUAGUAGAAUGCUUUAGAGUAGAUUUUGACUUAGUUGACUGCUUCUUGCUGACAUAUUUUCGUAGUGUUACAGUGUCUAGUGCUUUUGAGUUUUUUUUGUGCGUAGCGCUUCUUUUUUUGCAUUUUUUUUUAUAUUAUUGGCACGAGCUUGAAUUCGCUCUUUUUUCUAUCCGCUUAAGUCACCGCGUUUAGUUGUUCGCUCUUUUUUCUAUCCAAUUAAGUCACCGCGUUUAGCUAAUCAAGAAAAUACAAAAUGGCAGACGCCGACGAACUCACGCGUCAAAAGGAGUUCCUUGAACAAAAACGCGCGCGAAUUUACAAUUGCGUCGAAAAAAUCCAGACUGCUUCAGCGGAUGUAACACUCGCUAAUUGUCACAUGUACGCUGACACUCGCGAACGCGUCAAAAAAUUACAAGAAGAUUUUGAUGCAUGCCAAGACGAAAUUCUAGAAUUGAAUACGCGUUUAAGUGAGGAUAAUCAAAUCCCGACGGUCAAAAUGCAGGACAAGUUUGACGAUUUGGUUGAUUGCGCUUUAAGCAAUUUUUUGCGUUACAUGAAAGCUCCUGUCUCAGAACCUGGCGGAGCUCCUGCCGCCCCGCCCCCCGCUCAGUCCGUCGCUACCACAUUAGAGCAUGUACGUUUAGGUCCGCUCAAAGUUCCGACUUUUGACGGUACGGUAGAUAAAUGGCCAACAUUUUACAAUUUGUAUAACGCUGCGGUUCAUAAUUCCACUAGUUCAAAUGUUGUAAAAUUUCAACGGCUUUUGUCCUUCUUAACAGGGGAGCCGCUUUCCAUGAUCGGAACCAUGGACAUUACCGAUGAAAAUUAUAAGGUUGCUUAUGAUAUGUUAAAAGAUCGCUAUCAGCGUGAAAAGCAUUGCAUUUUAAGGCAUUAUCAUGGUUUGUUAGAACUACCUAUGGUAAGCAACGACACCCAGAUGUCUCAGUUACUCGCUAAAUUGCGUGAACAUAUUCAUGGCCUCACUGCGCUUAAGCAUAAAACCGAGUCUUACGGAAAUUUUUUGGUUGCAGUAAUUCUACUAAAAUUUAACAAUUUUUAUCGGAGACGCCUAGAUGACGCGCGCGAUCACCCUACAACGUACCCAACGCUUUCUGAAAUCAUUAGUUUUAUUAAGGCUGAAUGCACGCUUGUUGGUGAUUCAGACUUACCCUCAACCGCGAAUGUAAAACGCUCAUCGUACUCGAGUCGCAAUUUUUUGUCGCAUACUGCAUCUAAAAAUCGGAGUUCUUAUGAGCAGAUAGCGCAACGUCGCGGGUAUCAGCCCACGCGGCGAGUCUCAGCCGCGGACACCGGGCCGAACUUUGGACCGUCACACGCCGACGCUCCUGCAAGUUCGUCGUCUUCGCCGACCAAAUACUCCAAUAACAAGUGUAAAUGGUGUAACGCGAAUGAUCACGUGAUCUACGGAUGCGAUACUUAUCUACAGCUUGAUGCCCACGAUCGCGCUGAAGGCGUAAAAAAGAAAGGUCUUUGUUACAACUGCUUAUCACCGCAUUUUGUGUCUGCCUGCCGUUCGCCUAGAAAUUGUUCGGUAUGCAAUGGUCGCCACCAUUCUUCGUUACAUUUUGAGGAAAACAAGCUCGCGCCCGCGACGCUCGUCAACGCGGCGACCUCCCGCCCCCCGCUUGUUCCACCUCCGCAUCCAGAAGCUCUUACAGCGCACAUCCCGAUCUCUCAUGAUAACGCGGUUCCAUCCGCGCACCUCGCUGAUGACGUCACUCAGGAAGCUACUCAAAUAAACCCGCUAUCAGACGGUGCCGUUUUGUCUGCGGCCCUCGCGUCGAAUUCCACACCUGCUCCCGCCUAUAGUAUUCUUCCCACAGCGCGUGUUAUUUUGCGCAGCGCAGAGGGUUAUAAAAUCCCGGUUAGGUUGAUUUUUGACUCAGGCGCUAUGAGCUCGUUUCUGACGCGUAGGGUGGCUCAACUUCUUCAUUUAAAGCCCAAUCACGGCGCCCCAGAUGUUACUGGAAUCGCCGAAUCACCCGUGUCUGUUGAUGGAGUAGUUACCGUUGACAUUCUAGAUUCAAAAGAAAAUCUCGCUUUUGCAAAUGCGCGCCUUAUAGUAGUAAACCGCUUAACAGGAAAAAUUCCUCCUGUUUCUAUUCCGCACGAAAUCCGCGAAAUCUUCACUUCUUAUGAUUUAGCAGACCCGCUGUUCACAGAAAGCGAUUAUUGCGAUUGUUUACUAGGAGCAGACAUUUUUCCAUUUUUGCUUACUGGUCUUAGGGUCGCGCCGACUCAAGACGGUCCUAUCGGUUUAGGGACCACGCUAGGCUUAACUGUCAUGGGUCCUGUGCCCAGUUCUGAGCCCAAUAGAGAAACCGCACUUAAACGUUCNUCACUCGCUCUUCUUACUCAUACGCUCGAUAAGAUUUCGCAAAAAAUCGAAGAUUUUUGGUCCAUUGAGCAAGUGACAGCGUCUAAACCCGCUUUAACUCCUGAUGAAGAGGAGGCGGAAAAUUUAUAUGUGCAAACCACUGUGCAACAGGAAAACGGUAGAUAUAAAGUUAGACUGCCGUUUAGAAAAAAUCAUCCCCCUUUGGGACAAUCGCGUUUUCAGGCCGAAAACCGCUUCGCGUCGCUAGAAAGAAGGUUCGCAAAGGAUGAGAAAUUUCAUUCGCUUUACAAGGAUUUCAUGAAAAAUUACAAAGAAAGUAAUUUUAUGUCUGUCACAAAACCGCCCCCUAGUUAUCAGCAACAUUUUUACUUGCCACAUACUGGGGUUUUGAAAAAUUCUAGUACCUCGCCGCUUCGUGUAGUAAUGGAUGCGUCUGCCCCUACGAGUAAUGGUGUGAGUCUUAAUUCCAUUUUAUUGCCCGGGCCAAAACUGCAAAAUGAUAUACGUGAUAUAUUAAUUUAUUACCGAUGCCACCCUGUGGUGUUCUCCGCUGACAUUCGUCAAAUGUUUUUACAAAUUGAUCUCCACGAAGAUGAUAGAUUUUUUCAGUCCAUUCUUUGGCGUGAAUCUGUAAAUGACCCGCUUUUAGUGUAUCUAUUGAAUACCGUCACCUUUGGUCUCGCCCCAUCACCCUUCCUCGCUAUCAGAACCUUACGAAAACACGCGCAAGAUCACGGUGAAAAGUACCCUGAAGCUGCUAAAAUAUUAUUGAACAGCACAUUUGUUGAUGACAUUUUAGGAGGAGCCGAAACAGAAGAAGACGCUCGUGAAAUUAUACUCGCUCUCAUAGCGCUUCUCGCGCUCGGCGAUUUCCACCCUCGGAAGUGGACUUCAAGCCACCCUAGUAUUUUAGAAGGUUUUCACGCAAGCGAGUUAGAAAUCCCAUGUUUGGACGACCCAAAUAACCCCCGCUUCUCAAUUUUAGGAAUGCUCUGGUUGGCAGUAAAAGACGCUUUCACCUUCAACACCGAAUUUUCUGCGCCCGCAAAAACCAAACGCGGCAUUUUAUCCGCUACCGCUUGAGGAAUAAUUUUCUUUAUUUAUUUUCUUUCUUCGAGCUUUCAGUUUCCGCGCGCAACGAAAGUCCCGCCCAACCGCUAUUUUAAUUUAUUUCAUUAUAUUUUAUAUGUUCUACUCUAUUCUCAAAAAAAGACGCUCGCACAAAGGAAUUCAAACGUAAUACUAGACAGACACGCACUCCCAAAA